AUGGAGUCUUCUAGACACCCCCUGCCUGUGCGGGAGGCCCUUGGCCUCACCCAGGACUCCUGGCGUUGGGAGGACACCAAGUGGAGGCUGGACACCCCAACUCCAUCCCCACACAACCUUCUCCGCUGCCUGAACAUUCGCCAUGACGUAGUCGCCUGUGGAAUCCUACAGAAGGGCAGGCUCUGGCUUGGGUCUGCCUCAGGCUGUCUCCGGACCUGGUUUCGGCGCUGGCGGGACCACAGCCAGAGGGCGGCGCAGCAGAGAGUCCGGCUGGAGAGGGCGGCGCGGCACCACCGCCGGCAGCUGCUGCUGGGGGGCAUGGCCCGAUGGAAGACGCACCAUCUGGGGUGUGUCAGGAAAAGGCUCCUGCAGCGGCAGGGCACCCAGCUCCUGGCACAGAGACUCGGCCGGGCCUGCUUCCGCCAAUGGAGACAGCAGCUGGCGGCCAGGAGGUGGGAGCAGCAGGCUACGGCGCGCGCCCUGUGGUUCUGGGCCUUCUCGCUGCAGGCAAAGGCGUGGACCGCGUGGCUGGGCUUCGUGCAGGCGAGGAGGAGGAAGAAGGCGCGGCUGGAGCAGGCGGUGCAGGCCUACCACCGGCAGCUCCUCUGGGAGGGCGCCACGCGCCUCCUGCGCUUCUCAGCGGGCAUGAAGGCCUCCCGGCAGCAGCUGCAGGCCCAGCAGCAGGUCCAGGCAGCCCACAAGCUCCACCAUGCAGUCCGCCGCUGCGCCACACUCUGGAAACAGAAGGUGCUGGGCUGCGGCAGGGAGCCCCAGCCCCCAGCACCCGUCGCACCCAGCAGGAGAGUGACAUUUGAGGGUCUCCUUCUCGACCAAGCUGUUGCUGGGGCUGGGGAUGCCACCAGGGAGACCAAGAAGCCACGAGCUCCUCAGCCUCAGGGAGCCCUGAGCAGCCUGGCCCUUGCCACGGGGGAGCCACACCUCCGUGAGCUCAGUGCUGCCUGCUCAGCGAGGAAGCAGCCGCGACGCCCGCACUUUCUGCUGGAGCCCGUGCAGAGCCAGUGGCCUGAAAAGCUGCAGGAGUGUGGCCGGAGCACGACCCAACCCGCCGGCCCUUCCCUGCUGAGGGCCGCCCUGGCAGAGGCCCCAAGAGCACUGGUCCCCAGCAGCCCCCUGUCUGGGGCCCUAUCAGGCGCCCCUGGCCCAAAGCUGCCCCCCAUGGCAAGUACAGGCCCGGAGCUGCUGCUGCUGCCUCCUUCCUCCUUCAUGCCCCAUGGGGCGGAAGCACCAGCCCGGGUGUCAGCUCUGCCGACCACCCCCAAGCUGAAGCCCCAGGCCCCCCCAUCCCCGGCCUGUGUCCCUGACCCCUAUCUGCUCCUCCCUGGGGACUUCACAGACACCAGGGCUGGGCCUGGCUCUGAAACUGCAGGCUGUGUGGACCUGGAGGCUGAGCUUGAGGGGAUCCAGCAGCAGUUACAGCACUACCAGGCCACCAAGCAGAACCUCUGGUCCUGUCAGCGGCAAGCGCGCAGCCUGCGCAGGUGGCUGGAGCUGAGCCGAGAGGAGCCCAGGCCUGAGGACCAGGAAAUGGAGCUGCAGGUGCAGCAAGAGCUUGAGGAGGUGGAGCUGCAGGUCCAGCAGCUGGUCGAGGAGCUCCAAGCCCAGCGACAGCCCGUCGGCGCCUGUAUCACCCGCAUCCAGGCCCUGCGGCGCAGCCUGUGCUAGCGUGCUCGCCCCAGGGAGGUAGGAGCUGGGCUUUGGGGGAAGCCUCCGGCCACCUCCAGGAACAGAAUGCAAAGCUACACUG